CACGCACACACUGUAACACACACACACACACACACACACACACACUGUAACACACACACUGUAACACACACACACUGUAACACACACACACUGUAACACACACACUGUUGAUGAUGUCACAGACUCAACACACACUUACUCAGAAUCCUCUGGAGAAGACCUGGGUGCCAUGGAUGAAAAGCAGGAUGAGCCAGCGCAGAGGCUCGUCGGUUCCUCAGUUCACGAACUCGCCGACGAUGAUCGUGAUGGUCGGCCUGCCGGCGAGAGGGAAGACCUACAUCUCCAAGAAGCUGACCCGCUACCUCAACUGGAUCGGAGUCCCCACUAAAGUGUUUAAUGUGGGUCAGUACCGGAGGGAUGCGACUCGUUCCUACAACAGCUUCGAGUUCUUCAGACCCGACAACGCGGAGGCGAUGAAGAUCCGCAGGAACUGCGCCGUGGCCGCCAUGAAGGACGUGUGUCAUUACUUCAGCUUGCAGCAGGGCCAGGUGGUGGUUUUUGACGCCACGAACACGACAGCAGAACGUAGAACCCUCAUCCUCAACUUCGCCAAAGAGAACGGCUACAAGGUUUUCUUUGUGGAGUCAGUUUGUGAUGAUCCAGAAAUCAUUGCUGAGAAUAUUAAACAGGUGAAGCUGAGCAGUCCGGACUACGCCGACUGUGACAAAGAGGAAGCGGUGGCGGACUUCCUGAAGAGGAUCGACUGUUACAAGCUGACCUACGUCCCGCUGGACGACAACAAGGACCGGAACCUGUCUUACAUCAAGAUCUUCAACGUGGGCAACAGGUAUCUGGUGAACCGGGUCCAGGACCACAUUCAGAGCCGGAUCGUGUACUACCUCAUGAACAUCCACGUCGCGCCCCGGUCCAUCUACCUGUCCCGGCACGGGGAGAGCGAGCUCAACCUGGUGGGACGCAUCGGAGGAGACUCGGGGCUGUCGACCCGCGGGGCCAAGUUUGCCAGCGCUCUGGGUGCGUACAUGCGGGGGCAGUCCAUCACAGACCUGAAGGUGUGGACCAGCCACAUGAAGAGGACCAUCCAGACCGCCGAGGCUCUGGGAGUCCAGUACGAACAGUGGAAGGCUCUCAAUGAGAUCGAUGCCGGCGUCUGUGAGGAAAUGACGUACGAAGAGAUUCAGCAGAACUUCCCAGAAGAAUUCGCUCUGAGGGACCAAAACAAGUACCGCUACCGCUACCCGAAAGGAGAGUCUUACGAGGACCUGGUCCAGCGUCUGGAGCCGGUCAUCAUGGAGCUGGAGCGGCAGGAGAACGUGUUGGUCAUCUGUCACCAGGCUGUCAUGAGAUGUCUGCUCGCCUACUUCCUGGAUAAGAGCGCAGAUGAGCUGCCGUACCUCAAGUGUCCCCUGCACACCGUCCUGAAGCUCACCCCCGUCGCCUACGGGUGUAAAGUGGAGACUGUCUUCCUGAACAUUGAAGCUGUGAACACACACAGAGACAAACCAGAGAACGUGGACGUGGAUCGGGACCCGGAGGAAGCCUUGGAGACGGUUCCAGACCACAGCUGAACCUCCUCCUCUUCAUCACCUCCCUGUGUGCUCCUCCUCUUCAUCACCUCCCUGUGUGCUCCUCCUCCUCUUUAUCACCUCCCUGUGUGCUCCUCCUCCUCUUCAUCACCUGUGUGCUCCUCCUCCUCUUCAUCACCUCCCUGUGUGCUCCUCCUCUUCAUCACCUCCCUGU